AAAUAAAAUUGGGUUUGUUUGUCAUUGGAUCAGUUAGCUGUCAGGAGAUGGAGUUGCAUCGGAAUGUUGUCAGCAGUUACUGCAUUGAGAAAAUAAAGGGGGAACUCUACAGAGCUAAUCUUCAAUGCUCUCUUAGGGGUCUCAAAAAGACAGCCAAAUGGCACGCAGAAUUGAUAUAUGCAUUGGAUCAAGUACAACUGCCUGGCGUGACUGUCUAUGAAAAUAUCAACCCAUCAUUAUACACUGAGUUUUAUGAUGAAUACGACAAAUACAUCAUAGCAAAAAGUUAUUUCGACUGCGAAGAGUACAGCAGGGCUGCCUACUUCACAUCGACUUGUAAGAGCCACAUCGUCAAGUUCCUACAUUACUAUUCCAUCUAUCUGGCUGGCGAAAAGAAGAAAGUCGAUGAUGAAAUAUCCAUUUCUACACCAGAAUUAAAUUGUGAUGUCCACCUUAAGUCUUUAUAUGUUGAUUUAACGAAGGAAUGCAAAGAAAACAAGCUUGAUUCUUUUGGAUUAUAUCUAUUAGGUGUUGUAUUAAAAAAGUUGGAGAAGCAGACAGAAGCCAUGGAAAAAUUUGCAGAGUGUGUUUCCGGUGAUCCAUUGAAUUGGGGCGCCUGGCUGGAAUUGUCAAAAAUUGUGCCAAAUCGUCAGGCUCUUAGAUCUCUGAGCAUCCCAAGAACGCACUGGAUGUAUGACAUCUUCAUUGCUCAGUUUUAUCUGGAACUUCAACAUAGUGAACAGGCUCUGGAAUGCUUCCAGCUCCUGUUGAACAACUACUUCAAGAAUAGCACCUCCAUACUGGCUAAGAAGGCACUGGCUCACCAUAAUCUCAGAGACGUGGACCUUGCCAUUGCGGCCUACAACAAACUGCAGCAGAUGGACCCAUUCCGAUUGGAUAACAUGGACACCUAUUCUAAUCUACUCUAUAUUAGGGAAUUGAAACCAGAACUCGCUCAGUUAGCUCACCAUUGCGCUGAGAUUGACAGAUAUCGUGUGGAGACGUGCUGUGUCAUUGGCAACUACUACAGCUUGCACAACCAACACGACAAGGCGGUCAUGUACUUCCAGAGGGCCAUCAAACUUGACCCCAACUAUUUGUCAGCCUGGACUCUGAUGGGCCACGAAUUCAUGGAGUUGAAGUCCACCUCUGCCGCUAUCCUCGCCUACAGGAAAGCUAUUGAUGUGAACAAGAAAGAUUACAGAGCGUGGUACGGCCUGGGCCAGACGUAUGAAAUACUAAAAAUGCCAUUCUACUCACUUUACUACUACAGACAGGCUCACCUGUUAAGACCGAAUGAUUCUCGAAUGGCAGUUGCUCUGGGAGAGGCUUACGACUACCUGGGAAGAUUGCACGAAGCCAAGAGAUGUUACUGGAAGGCCCGGUCUCUGGGGGAUAUCGAGGGAUUGGCUCUCAUCAAACUUGCCAGAUUGUACGAGCGAUUGAACGAGCAUAUGCAGGCUGCUGGAGCAUACACAACUUACAUCAACGAAACCAAAGAGCAGUUAUUAAGUGACGGCCACGGUCAGGCCUACAAGUUUCUCGCCAACUACCACUUGAAGAGAGAGAAUCUCGAGGAAGCAUUCGAUGCUGCCCAGAAGUGCAUCGAGUUUGUUGAUGUAAAAGAGGAAGGGAAGGCUUUGUUGCGCCAGAUAUCCGAUUUGAGAGGUAAGAAAAGUGAACAGGUGAGCAAGGAGAGCCAGCCAACUCCCUUACAACUCGAAGACAACGCCGAAGAACUAUGUUCACCAAUGUCACUUACGUUCACUUAUUAAUUUUGUAGUUUAAAUGAAUUGCGUAUGUGAGGUAAUCAACUUUUUUGUCAUUUUUGUUGUUUAUUUAAUUAUUGCAGUGUUUUAGGAAUUUAUAUUGUUUCAAAAUUAUUUCUUCAUAGGUAUUGAUAAAAUUUGUAUUGAAUCACCACACUACAUUAUAAGUCUUUAAUAUUAAAUAAAUACAAUCAUCCGAUCUUCGAUUGAUGUAUAUACUUUUCCAAAACUUGACCUCACUUCCUUAUUUGUUAUUAUUACUCAAAGUUUGCACCGUUUUAUUUCGUUUGCUAA